CCCAGCCCGGCUCUGCCCCACUCCCAGCCAUGCCGUGGCCGCGAGCGGAGCUGUCCGGGCGGCUCCGGUACCGGGGCGGCUCCCGCGGGCCCUGCCUCAGUCUCCUGCACCUGAAACUCACCGACCCGGCGCUGCGGGCGCUGCGGGACUGUCAGCGGCUGCAGGGCUCAGCCCGGCCUGUCAUCGCCUUCCAAGGGAGCCAGGGGUACAUCAAGAUCCCCUGUGCCCUGGGCAGUCUUGGGGAAGGAGCUCGCCUCUUCACCUUCUACCUGUCCCGCUACAGCAAGGACAAGCCGCAGGCCAGCUUCGACUGCAUCCGGCAGUACAUCUCCAGGCUGGGUCGGAACCAGCUGGACUGUGUGGGCAGCAUCCAGGAGAAAAUCACCAUCUGUGCCUCUGAGGACUCGUACCAGCUGACGCGGGAGCGUGUGUCCCAGGUGGAGAAGGAGGCAUGGAGCAGAGCUGCUAUCGAGAUCAAGCCAGCAGCCCCAGGCCAUGGUAAAUGUGUUACCGUCCCAAAGAAGCUGGGCAUGAGCACCCCAUUGGGGAAGUGCCCUGCUGGGAGCCCUGCUCCAGGGGGCAGGAAAUGCAGCCCCAUGGGGACAGAUCGCAGGGUUCUUGUGAAAUGCCUAGUGCAGCUUCUGGCCCUGCGGCCCCACUGCAAACAUGAGCUCCUGGAGCGGCUGGACAGGGCACAGAUCAGCCUGAAGGACAGGGCCCAGCUGCUGCCCGUGCUGGAGGAGGUGGGGCAGCUGAACCCCUGGGAAAGCAGCUACAGUCUGAAGGAGGAGCUCUUUGGGCAAGUGCAGGAGGACUGGCUGGGCUACACGGCUGAGGAGCGGCAGCAAGUCAGGCAGCUCCUGCGCAGGAAACAGGCCCACGGAGCCUUGACCAGGCCCUUCUUGGUGCCUCUGGAGUGCCCGUCUUGCCAAGGUGCCAGCAAAAGGCCCUUGGGUGGGAAGCGGCUGGCACUGCUGGAUGCCUCGGACCCACAAGGGCGGAAGAAACCCUGUGCCCCAGAGCACCACCCCAGCUCUCUGGGUUCCCACCACAGACUGCAGGAGCCUGUCCUGGAGCAUCGGAGAGCCCAGAGCCAGCAGCAGCCAUGCCAGCUUCCCAGGCCCAGCGCAGAGCUGCGGAGCUCAGAGGAGGAGCCGAGCGAGGGGGAGGGAGGCGAUGACUGGGAAGAGGGAGCUCUGCGCCUGGAGCAGCACCUUUCUGCCCUGCAAGACAGCAGCUCCCAGGCAAGUCUCCCGGUCUCCUUCGCUGAGCUCCCAGAUUACUGCCGGAAAUACAGAGCCAUCUGCUCCGUGGAGCAGCAUCACGCCUACGUAGAGGCAUUCAGUGCGGAUUACGCAGAGUACCGGCGCCUCCACACCAGGAUCGGGCAUGUGAGCAGGACAUUCAUCCAGCUGGGAGCUAAAAUCAAAACGCUGCCGCGUGGGACGCAGGAGCAUAAGGCAGUGGAAGACAGGAUCUUACAGGAAUACCGGAGGUUCAAGCAGACGUACCCCAGCUACAGGAAUGAGAAGAACCGCUGCGAGUAUCUUCACCAAAAGCUGUCCCACAUCAAGGGCCUCAUCCUAGAGUUUGAGAAGACAGGGGCUGCCUAGGGGAGCCUCUGGUGCUCUGAGCCUGCAGGAAGUGCUCCCUGUUCUCCUUUCCCUUUGCAGGGGAGGAAGGGGUGGGGGUUAGUGAACUCUCCUAUAGUAGUAGUAGUUGCAGUCCCCCAGCCUAGUGUCCAAUGCAGCUAUUUGAUCUGAUCUGGGUUGGGGAGGGGUUUACAGGACAGAGCAUGUGGCUGCCCUAAAGUACAGAGAGUGGGUGAUGGUCUUAGUGAAUUGUCCCCUGUGAGCUGCUGUCCUACUUGUACUAGCUCCCAAGGGGCAUCUGGGGCUAGUAAUGCAGCUCCAGGUUAGGGGCAGCCUGUACCACAGAGCUCUGCCUGGGAAGGAAGGCUGCUCAGUCAGGGCAGGCUCCCUGGCUUCAGGCUUAUAACAGCCAGUGUGGAUCAUGCCAGCUCCAUGCAUUAGCCCAGCCUAUGCUGCCUGCUGGAGAAAUAGGCUUUUGCCAUCAAGUGGGACCUGCCACCUUCCAGCACUGGCUCCUUCCCCCCAGGAGCUUAGAGCAUGGCAGACCCUUGCCCAGCAGGGGCAAUUUCAAUCACUGGAGCUAAGGGUACCAUGCCCCUGGGGCAAUAGGAGGAAAGGGGUCGGUCUGUGCUGGGGUUUUAUGACUGACACCUGCUUGAGCAGUGUGUUGUAACAGGAGUUGAGGGGACAGGGAAGUGCCUCACCUUUCUUGACUGUGCAUGUGUAUCUCAACUAUCUAUCCCUGCUGCCAUCAGAACUGCCCUGGGAACCUGCUGACAUUGCUACAUGGAACUGCAAAGUAGGGGAUGGGGAGAGACGGUAAUGAUUGCAGGAGGAAAUGAGCAGGAGGAGUGGAGGCUCCGGAAGUUCUGCCUUGUUCCUGGGUUAAACGGUUCAUUGUACAAUGUGGAGGCAUGGGUGGCUGUGCCCUUCAGCCCUCUCCCAGCACCUGCCCGAGUUCCUCCUGCUUUCAAAGUAACUAGCCUACCCCAACCCAGCAGGAGAAACUGAUGUGUCAGGGCCUAACUGUGGGGCUGUAAGCGAUGAAACCCUUUGCCUUAAUUACCAGCUGGCCUCAGUGGAGAGGAUGGAGCCCUCAUGUACAGGCUCUGUUGCCUUGUCUAAGGAAGUAUGUGCACAGCACCAUGGGACUGUGCUGAGGGUUCCUAGGUGCUAUAUCUAAUACAAUCAUUUCUAAGCCCCUUAACCGAACUGCCUUGCUGCCAGGGAUGGGCCUAGGGUAGGUUAGCUGAAGGAUGUGCCUAGCUUGAGCAAACAGGAGUAUUAAUAUGAAUGCUCUACUGGCUUGAUGGAUAACAAGUCAUGGCUGACAAAGGCAAAGCCAGUGUGGGAGGUGGGAAGACCUUGUAAAUGCUAUUGUGCAAGCUACUGUAUCUAGAGCGUGC